UUUAAUUAUGCAUGAAGCAAAACUAUUAUACUGCUCACUCCUCCUUGUCUAUAUUUGCCCUGCAAAACUGUAGGAGUAAAUAUUUAUGUUUGUCAGUAAAAUAAGCAACUAUGGCUCAGAGACUCAGUUGAGAAAGAAGGCACCAUGUUUACCAUCACAUUUUGACUAUGAUGCACUUUAAGAGCCUGGUUUUUAAAGGCACUGAAUGCCCACCGCUUCCAUUGACUAAGCUGCAGGUGCCCAGCACUUCUGAAAACCAGGCCCUGAAUCUUCUUGUGGUCCUGGAUUACAUGCAAAGCGAUAUCUGUUAACAGAUGAUAUUAUACGAUUGCAAGAAUUUCAGCAGAAGAAGGUAGCAACUGAACAUCAAAUUUAUGGCAAUAAAGAUUCAUAUUUUAGAAAUAUUGAAGAAAAAUUGAAGAAAAAUGGAAUAAUCCUCAAAGAUGAAUUAAAAGCAUUGUUGCAUUUGUGCCAGACACCAGACGAUGUGGAAAUAGCUAAAAAUGUUAUUUACAGGUACCAUACAGAGAACAGAAAUGUGGCCUUUGGUGAGUUUAAAUUUGGACCCCUUUUUAUGAGGCUGUGCUAUGAGCUGGACCUUGAAGUAACUGCGAUAGAACUCAUCAAAGAUCAGACUCUGCACGGCUUCUUCUCUGAUAGCACAUCGUUCAAUAUUUUGAUGGAUAUGUUGUUUAAAAAAGGUCAUUACGAAAGUGCCUUGGAAGUGCUGGAAGAAAUGAGAAAACAACAUGUAAAAUUCAUCAAAGACACCUAUUUACUUGCAUUUGCAAUAUGCUACAAACUGAACAGCCCAGAGUCUUGCAAAAUCUGCACAAAGUUAUUUGAAGAGGCUCAGUUAAAAGGAGAUAACAUGUCAAGACGAGCAUACUGCUUUGCUGUAGCGUUUGCUCUGAAACAGAAUGAUGUGGUAAAAGCCCGGUCCUUUUAUUCUCAGAUCAUGAACACAGAGAGCAGAUUAUGCAGUAAUCUUAAUAUUCUUGUACAGGCCAAGUCUGGGGCAUUAGAAGACCUUAUGCAGACACUGGAGGCAGCGUUGGAUACAGGUACUUCACAAUUGGUGAAAAGAGCUGAGUUUUCUGAGCAAGUGCUGGCUACAGUCAGGGAAGAGUUGGAGGAAAACUCUGUUUUUCGUGCUGGCUUAGAAGAUAUCUGUGCCAAGCUGCAAGCAAGAGGACAGGUAACCAAGCUGACUCUGGAUGACAUGCUGUGCCAGACUCCUUAUGGAAAGAAGCGCCAUAUGCAGUUAUUAAAGCAAGAGCAAGUGAGCCGUCGGACUUUCAGACCACUUAAAUCUGCUCUGUUAGCUGAGUAGUUCUCUAUUUGAUGGAAAAUUAUACUAACAAUAGCAUCACUGUAAAAAAUGUGUGAAUAAGGCAUCUCUUCUGCCCCUAUCUUGCAGACAGAUGUUUUAAGCCAUUUGUCUGAAACAAGUGUUGUGUUUUCUGACUGCUAGCCCUGCAUGCCCCACCAGGGAUCUGAGAGUCAAGCAGAGUUCUUUCCUUCUUGUGUGGUCUCCCCAGUAAUAAAAGUUAUGAGUCCAAGUUAUGACCUUGGUGAUCUAUGUAUCUCUAUUGCUUUUGGUUGGUUUUGCACAUGUUGAAACAAUUGGCCCUAUCAGUGGAAGUUAGUAAAUAAUCCAAUAGACAUACAAGAAAGAAUAGAAUCCAACUCAGUCUCCUCUGUGUUGACUUUGCAGAAGCACCAGGAGUAAAAGCUUAGGCCCUGAUCCUGCAAUAAAAUCCACACUGGCAGACCCCUGCACCUAUAUGUAGCCUCACUGAAGUCAGUAGGGCUAUAUGCAGAAACAGGACUCUUCCCAUGCAGGGUCAGAGGCAUAGUCAUUCAAGUGAGCCGGUAUGACUCUGAAAACAUGUGGGGCACAAGUUGCGUAAAACUGGCAUUGUCUUACUCAGCCAAUCGCUUCUUGGUGCAGAAUUCCACUCGCAGCUCUGGCACUACAACACAUUUCAUAGCUGACGCACACGUUCACUCUAUCAACUUGUCUUUUGUUCACUAAGUCUUCUGCUUUGUCCCCUUAGUAUUGUCAUCAUUAGUUACUAUGGAAACAGUGUCAUGGGUAUGGGCUUGGUUUUGUGACCUCCACAAGUGCAGCAUAAAGGAUUUACCUAAUCAUUUGAAGUUCAGACCAUGAUUUGAGAAAUGUAGGAGUCUGUGUGCUGGUUUCAUGACCACAUGCAUGUGGUCAAGAUAAAAUACCACACACACACAUUUGUGUUGGUAUUACAGUUGGUUUUGGAAGACUUGUUCUGAUGUGCAACAUGUUUAACUUUUUGUUAGAUGUGUAAUUCAUUGGCUUACUGAUUCAGGACAACUUUCUUCUUAUCCUCAGCUGGGAAUUUUCUCAUUAGUUCUAACUCAAUAUGAACACUAAAGAAGCUUAGAAUGUUUUCUUUUGAAAUACAAAUUCAUACAAUAUUUGUAAAUGUAUUUGAUAAAGGCUGCGUUUCAAUGCAGUAAUGGCUAAACGUUAAUUGAAGUUAGACUGAAAGGAGCAGAGUAUUGUUUAUGCACUCAGAAGGAUGCAUUUGACAUUUAGGAGAAAAAUAGCUUCAUGCAAAAUGCACUUUUAUGUAUAAUGAAAAAUAGUAUGACUUGUCUUUGUUACAUUACUAAUGUCUCUUCAGUUUUGCUAGAUUACUUUUGGUAAAUCUCCAAAUGUAUGUUUAGAACAAAAAUGUGUGCUUCUUGUACGGCUACUGUUCCUAGGUAUGUAUGUCAGUAUUCUGCAGAUCAGCUUUUCUCAUUGGCCAGGCCGCUCUUUGGUUUUCAAACCAGUCCAAGCCACUGUCCUGUCUGCGACUUGGAAGGUUUAUUUUUAAUGUUAUUUUGUGCCACUAAAGUCCACCAUCAGCAUAGGUCGUGGCUGACUAAUCGUCCACCUUUGCUCUUCUUUGGUCUUGCCAGAGUGGAGGAUAAAGCCAACAGGGCAUGGUUAGUCACCAGCUUCCAUCUGCCCAGCCAAGUGUUUCUGUCAAUCUGUCUCUCCCACCCUCCACCCCCGUUGUAUUGAUUAGGAUGGAAGUGAAUACCAUGGCAAUAGCAUGAGGGGCAUUUCUCCACUCUGGUUGUUCCCAUCGCCCUGUUGAACAUGGAGGUAUGAACAUAGAGGUAAGAGAAAUGGGGACCAGAGAGAGGGUUGCUGAAACCAGGUUACACUCCCUUAUUCUCAGGGGCAGGAGGGAAAAACUGUGACUAUGGUAAUUGAAUCUGGUACCUCUUUUGAUGGUCAUUUGUAAGUGAAGCAAAGAUGCGAUGAUCUCACCAGGGGUGGAAUAUGGUAACUGAGAAUGUAUAAAAUGGGAAGCAUGUGUUUAUAGGAGGGGAGGUGGGAAUCCUCUUUUUCAGAUUACUAGGCCUAGAACAAAGCGAGAAUGAAAAAUUGUCUAGACUAAUUCUUGUUGGUACUUUAAAACACAUGUACUUUACCUGUUAGAUAUCUCUUAGGUAAUAAAUAAAAUCAAACAUACAUCAGUCUAUUAGAUUAAUAAUCUCCUAGCAGUAGAGGCUCUUUUUUCCCCCUUAAGUACGCUAUUAGUCUGUAAUAAGUAUUGAUAGUGUUUUUGAAAGGUUUGAAAAUCAUGGAAAGAAACUUAUAAUGCAAAAAAGAGAGAGUCAGUCUUUGAGAAAUGCUCUCCUAGAACUGCUACAUACCACACCGGCAGCGCCACACCCUUCCAAAAAACUGAGGGAAGUGUGGACCUCGAAAACAUGAGCUUGUGUAAUUCAGCACCAUAAUAAAAUUUUAGGGCUUAAUAAUGGUGGACCAAAAUUGUGUGGUAUAAAGAAUAAAUAACGCCUUAGUGGAAACUAAAGGAGGCAGCCAAAUACGAAUAGUAAGUUCAGAGGAGAAAAAAAAUAAAGGUAGCUAAAAUUCAGAAUAAGUUGAUACUUGCCAAGAUGUUUACUGUAACAUUUCUAUAACAGUCUUAAACUGGAAACAUAUUCAUGUGUCAAGGAAGAUAAGAGUACAAGCAAACUCUGUGGUUAUGUUCUUAUGCUUUGUUACAUUCAUGCACAGUUAUGUUUAAAUUAAAUGUAGUCAGGUUCUAAGCAAGUUGCCAGUGGUCUAACAAAUUGUGCAUGUCCUGGAGUUGUAAUAAAAAAACCUCAGUGUAUUAUAAUAUUGUCUGUGAAUUUAGGGCUCAGCUGAGCAAAGUGCUGACCGCUCUGGUUCUGAUUCAGCUGCGUACUUAACCACGUGCUUAUUAUAACUAUGUGAGUAAUGUGACUGAAUGUGGGCCAUGUGAGCCAUCGGUGAAACUACUCAUGCUUAAAACUAAGCACACGCUUAAGCGCUUUGCUGGAUUGGAGUCAGAAUGCUCGGAAUCCUGGGGAAUCAAGCCUUUCACAGAUACAAUGUACCCAUCUAUUAUACAAUACACUGUACAAUAUUGCAUCCAGACACAACAACAAAAUACCAUACAAAUUAAAAAUAAUUAGAAUAAAAAAAUGUGUGAAGACAAGCCAUAAAAACAAAGAGAAACCAGUGUCACAAAACUCAACUAUUACUCAAUUGGUAGAGUUAUCUUGCUUGACAGAUGACUGCAAAAGAAAGGAAAUAUUCUAUUUCAAAGUAAUAAAUAAUCUGAUAACAUUUCCUUGUUUAUCUUUAUUGUGUUAUUCACGCAAAAGAUAAAUGAUGGAUCAAUGCGCUUUAACCAUUCAUAGUCUGAUGGCUCUAUCGCACAUUAUGUAUUUUUAUUUUUAAAACAAACUAAAAUCCUUUUGCUGUACAGUAUAGACUGAAAGAAGAAAAUCUGUAUGCUCCUGUCUUCCACUAGCUGCUUAUGUGACACAGCAUACAACAGAGGGCGCUCCAGCUCAUGCCUCCUAGCAAUAUAAAGGUCUGAUUAAAAGUGGGUAUUUUUAAUUAAUGAGAUUACAUGUAAAACAAUGACAAAAUGAAGUGUUUGACCUCUAGCAACCCAAGCCUGCUUAAACAAUCUGAAAUAGGAAAUUGGGGAUUUAAUUGAUAGUGAUUUUUUGUUUGGUUAUUGGUAUAGACUCAAAACCCAGACAUCCGUGGCAUUUAAUUGGAAAAUUGCCUCAAUAAAUUUACUAAAGCAAAAUAAUCUCUGACAUUACUUCAUGACAGAAGGUGUUUAAAGCAUUCUGAAUGGCAUGCAUGAGAAGGUAUCUACCCAUAAUCAAAGAAGAGGGAAUGAUAUAUAAUGUUUUCAUUAGGAGUUACAGAAAAUUUCCAAAUGUUUUAUUGCAAAUCGUCAAAUUUUGAGAAGUGUCUUUUAGGCUCAGCACCAUCUUGAUGACUAAAGUUGGUACCUCUUGAGGUUAUACAAGGGAUUAAUAUUCAUAUACUUUUCACAGUAAAAUAAGAUGUGCACCUGUGAUGCCUUCUAAAGAUUUUUCUUUUUACUGUCACUCUGUACAUUCUGUCAUUUCCUCUUGGUUUAAUAUCUUUUUAGUCCAUUUUCCCUCUCCCAACUAGUAAUUUGAGAGAGUAUUUUAGGAUUACCCCCACUUUAUUUUCCUUCCCAACAAAACCCUCAUUUGUCAUGUUAUUGGUAGAAGAGAAGGACUGUUCCCAGGCCUCAAAAAAUAAGUCUUGAUUCUGUUUUACACAUAACUAGUUUAAAUAACUUUAACCUUCAUUAGAUCUUUGUAGUGUUGCUUAAGGUAGGCAUGGAAUAUAAUACAUAUGACUAGUGCCAUCCUAUUUUAUUUUAUUUUUAUUUUUUUUUUAACGAAAGCUGGGAGCUCCAGGAUCUGGUAAUCAGGUGACUCCAAGAGCUGAAACAUUAAGAAAACGGCAGUUCUUUGAGAUGGUGUCAGCGUCACUCCACUGUAGAUGUGCAUGCUAUUUUUGAAUACCAGUAUCUGUUGGGGCCAUGCUCCUCCUGUGCUAGAGUAUAAAACAGAGGUUCUCAAACUGUGGUCCAUGGACCACCAGAGGUCCGUGAGCUCCGUUCAGGAGGUCCAUGGAUAGUUUCCGCUAAGGUGCGUAUCUGGGCAGCUGCACAUGAGACAAUGAAGGGCCACCCACUUAACUAGUGGAGCUGUGCAGGUGUGGCUCCACUAAUUAGGUGCCUGGAUCCUGGAGAAGACGCACAGGUGAGGUGGUGGCCUCAGGAGGAAUGAGGGGCAGUGGGGUUAGAAGAGGGGGUGGGGGGAAUUUGGGACCUGCAGGGCUGUGGCAGCUCCAGGGCUGCGGCUGCCGGGGAGAGAUGGCCCUCCUUCCCAGCCUCAGCUCUGUGGUUGCUGUGGUGUGGGAGAGAGGGAGAGACCCCCCUCCUUCUCAGCCCCAGCUCGGGGGCUGCCGCGGCGGGGGAGAGAGGGCACAUCCAUCACAUUAGAAAGGUAAGACUACUGAUAUUAAAAUAUGAGUUGUGUGCUUUUAUUUAUAGAACAAAAAAAGUUGUUUUUUUUUAUAUAGCGCUUUUAUCCAAAACACUUUAAAAUAGUUAGCUAACGGGACAAACAACAUUUGGAAAGAUCAUUAAGUGGUCUUCCAAGACCCUCAGCAAUUUUCAAGUGGUCCGCAGAAAAAAAAAAUUUGAGAACCACUGUUUUAAAGGAUGGAGCAGCUGUGACCCUCCUUCAGUUUCCUCUUACUGCCCAGGGUAGCAAGAUGUAACCUGGCCAAAGUCCAACUUGCUUUUAUUUGAGCUUCAAACUCAGCUUUCAGACUAGUUGGCUUAAUCCUUCUUCACCCUCCUUACCUUUGUUAAUUUUCUUUAUUUGGACAUCCCAAAACAUAAAAAGAUAUCCCCCCUAUAUACUGCAUAAUACAAUGGGGCAAGGCACUUUGCAUGGACUCUAAUCCUUCAGGGUCUAAGCUGUUUCAGAGUUGCAAAGGAUUCGUUCCCCUGGUCAAUAGGCAUAGCCAAUAUCUCUCCUCUCUGAGGGAGAGUAUGUCCUAGGUAAGUGUUCAGUGUGUAAAUCUUUCUCACUGAGGACUCGCAAGUUAAGGGAAUGGAUUAAUAAAAAAAGGGAUGAAGUAUUCCACUCCCUGAAGAACUCAAAAAGACCACUCUAAGAUCACCGAGGAUACAUCAUUAACCCCCUUCAGGAAGCCCUCCAAAUAUCGGCCCCAACAGAAACAGAAGGCUCACCCAUACUCUUGGGGCACAUAGCCAGAGCAUCCAUUGUAGAAACAACCUCAAUACUUGAGGAGUUAUCUGUCAACUGCCUCCUUUAUCACCCACCCCACCUCCUCAUCCAGACAAAUGGGCGUGUUGGGAGCCACACUGGAACCAAUCAGGAGCUAGUCUUCAGGAGCUGCCUUGUCUUGUUCCCUCAAAUGGAUGUUGGAGAUGAUUGCUGACAGUUAUCACAGUCGCUUUCACUCUUCCCCCUAUGUAUCCUCCUUCCCCAGCCCUCAUCAGGGACCCUUCUAUUUACAGCCUAUUAAAAAAGAAGUAGUGUUUUUGCUUUGCUGUAAAAGAUGUUCCUCAGGACUACAAGAGAAGAGGCUUCUACUCGUGGUAUUUCCUUAUCUCAAAGAAGAAAGGGGGUCUUUGUCCUAUCCUGGACCUAAGGCGGCUGAACAAAUACUGCCUCAGAUUCAAGAUGGUAAUGCUUGCCUCCUUCAUUCCUGUCACUUGAGACUCAGAACUGGUUUGUGCCUUUUGACUUACAGGAUACAUAUUUCCAAAUAGCCUUAGGAAGUACUUGACUCACAGGAGGAUAAAAUCAUUACCAGUAUGAGGUACUACCAUUUGGACUCUCCACAGCUGAACCAUUUGCCUCCCACAACAUUCCAUAAGGCAAGGUAGUACUCUGACAUAUCCCCAAAUUUCAUUCCUAAAGCAGUCUCAGAUUUUCAUCUAAAUCUGUCCAUCAAUCUGCCUGUUGUCUUUCUAACAACACACUUCAUGCUGGGAGAAAAGAAAGUGUACACACUAGAUGUAUCCAGGACUUCGGUUUAUUACAUUGACAGGACCCAACCAUUCAGACUGUUGCCUUGUCUGUGUAUUGCCAUAGCUGGGCAUUCAAAAGGUCAAGCCAUCUCUUCACAGCGAAUACGAAAACAGAUAACAAUGCAUCUUGCAGUGUCACCAGUUGGCUGGUGUACCUCUGCCACUGAACAUCAAGCUAACUCCACAAGAGCAAAGCAAUUGUCUUCUUCCAGCUUCAGGAAUGUGCCAGUGUCAGAAAUCUUGCAAGGCAGCAGCAUGGACUGCCUGACUUUGGUGAAUUUAGCUACUACACCAGAUGCCAAGUUUGGGAGAGCGGCAUCUACAAUUGCUGUUCGACUGAUGCAACUGGUAGUCCUCAUUAUCAGUAUCCUGAAGAGGAUACUGCCUGCCAGUCACCUCAGUGGGAUUUCCCACAGACACAUACUUGAAAAAGAAAGCAUGGUUACUUACCUAACAGUAACUGUGGUUCUUCAAGAUGAUGUAGUCAGUGUGGAUCCCACAGCCCAUCCUUCAUUGCCGCUUUUGGAGUCCUCAGCUACCAUGGUGCUCUAAUUACGAUGGAACUAAAGGAGGACUGCAGCGCUGGGAAGGGCAUGCACAUUUAGAGUGGAAUCCUCAUCAUCCCCACUGACUGCAUCAUUAAGCCCUGCAGGAACUGGGUUCAAGUAACCAUUCUGUAGUGGGAGAGUUGGUGAUGCAACCUGAACAAACCAAUUUUAAAAGUUGGUAAUGGAAGAGGUAACUGAAUAUAUUGUACUCCUGCGACAUUGAGGCCUAAAUUGUCAUGUACGUUAACAAUCCCUUGUAAAUGACAUUUACAUUUAAUAUAACUUACAUACACUUCAGUGCCUGAUCGUGCUGUCAGAGUGGUGUAAAGAGACCUUAGUGUGAAUAAGAAUCAGGACCUUAGGAUUUUUCAGUUGGUGGUUGUUGUUUUUUUGUUUGUGUGGGGGGUUUUUUGGAGGGGGGCCGGUAUCUACUUAGUCACUGUAAAUGUCCUACCCAGUCCUGUGAUGUGUUGCAUGUAGGUGGACCCCUGAUACCAUGCAGAGCUCCAUUGAAGUAACUGGAGUCAGUAGGGCUUCAGUCAGGUGCAGAGGUCUGCCCAUGUACAAUAUAUGGCAGGAUUGGGGUCAAAAAGACUGCCCGGUGUAAUUGGUUAGAAUGGAAACAGGAAACUAGUUCACAUAAUUUCACUUUACCUAAUUUAAAAAAAUCCCCAAUACAUUAAGUUGUUAGGAGCAUUAGUAAACUUCUCAGAAACGUCUCAUUGCUAUUCCUUACAUCACCACCUCAAUGGCAAAAAAAGGAGAAAUAAAAGGCAUAGACCUAGGGAAGAACUUCUUCUUUAUGUUUUAUCAGUUCUCACAUCAGAAUGACAGAAAAAGAGAACUAUGUUGGAGAAAGGAUGAUACAUGUACAAAAUUGCAUGAGUGGUAAAGUACUUUCAGGGGAAAUUCAGACCACAAAAUCUGUUCUGCUCUACUUUUACUACCCUUUGUAGAAGUUUAAUUUUUGCAAGUGCUGACAGAUGCAAGCUUUCAAGCCACAAAUAUCUCAAAAUGGUAAAAUACAAUUACUGUCUAUAGAAAAAAGAAUCUGUUGUGUCUAGUUGGCUCUAGUAGACAUUUAACGACAGCCACAAAAGUGAAAACAGAUUUGCAUAAUAAACUACAGCACAGUAAGAUUACACAAGUAUUCACCAUCACACAGGCUUUGUGAGUGCUGAUGAAUGUUUCAACAAAUACCAGGUCUGACCCUGUGAGUUGCUGAGCACCUUCCACUUCUAUUGACAUCAGUGGGAGUUGCUCAUCACCUCACAGAAUCUGACCCAAGGUGUCCAGUCUCCUGACUGAAGUCAGUGGAGUUACUUUGCAUUUACACAAGUGUUAUUGUGAGCAGAAUCUGGCUUAUUAGUCCGAUGUAAGGCAUAUUGCCCACAGAGGGACUCAGCAGUAUUAUGAACUUCGGAAAUUGCUACGCCUUCUGUUCUCUUCCAUCCCUCAGAUAUGCCCCUAUAUUAGCUCUUGGCCCCACUCCAUGCUCCUGAGGCCAGUCAGCUGAUUUAUGGUUCCACUAUGGCCUGGCUCCAUGUAUCUUCUUUCCUCUUUAGUGCACCUGUCCAGGGCCAGCAAUAAUUUGCCCAUUGUGAUCUGUUUCUAGUAUUGCUCUUUCCCUAAAAUUGAAAGAUCAGUACAAUAUCUAAGAAAACAACACUUCAUGCUCGAUUUGCAACUGGGAUUAUAAUGCACGUUCUAACAUUUUGGUCACAUAAACAUUUAGUCUUCUUGUCAGCUGUGGCAUGGGAAUAAAUAUGCACAUUUUUCUUUAUAAAUUUUCAAGGACAAUCUUAUAGCCAAUGGGUCAGACCAUUAAUGUGUGUGUUUUGAGGAAGAUUUAUCAUCAAGUUAAUGUGGGCAGUUAAUAAGAAGGCAUGAAUGAUGCAUGUUAUAGAAAUACUAUCCUAUAUUUUAAAAUGAUUUCUUUAAUUAAGUAUGAAUAAUCAGAUAGGGGCCCAAUGAAGGGUGGCGGGAAGAGAGGAAUGUAUCACCAUCUUAGAACAAAUCACACUGUUAAUGUUCACUUCGUCAGAGCUUUUGUUUCUUUGCCAAGAUGCAUUUGGAUUUCUGCCUUAUUGAAUUAGGGUAGAGCAAGCACAUGGUUGGGAAUAAAAGCAAAUGAGCAUGUUCACAGGGACAGUGGGAAUAGAUGAUUUAAUAACCAUGAUAUCCUAUUAAACAGCUCAGUGAGCUCCUGAUUAAUAUAUUCUUUUACAAAAACAUGGAAGAUGACUGUAAUGAUAAUUAAUAAAAUCAAUUUCACUAUGUAAUACAGUAAUUGAGGAAAAUCUCCUGUAAAUGGAAUAGUGGAUGGAACAGCAUCUCUUGCUUUCUCAUCCAUUCUGCCAUGUUCAUAAUCAGUGGCUGUCAUGAGAAGUGAAAUGUUUUCACUAGCAAUGGAUGAAUUAGUUUGAGUAGAAUAAGAACAUUUUGAGGAUCACAGAUAUGUAGUUAGCUUGUCUCCAUUAGUGUCUAUUUUUAUAUACCUCUGCACUCAGUAAUUCUUAGCACUUAAACAAUGCUUUUAACUUCCAAGCUGAACAUUAGCCAUUGAAGCCUCCACACCAUUCAUGGGAUGGAAUUAUUAUCUUUUUUCAUUUUACAGAGACUGUCAAACACUUGGGAAGCAUCAUAGACAGGGCUGAAGGAUGCUCAAAGGAUGUGGACACUUGUAUGGCAGCAGCUGCUGCCAUGUUUUGAGCCCUUUAGUGGACUCUGUGGGGAUGAUUUCACAUCAAGCUUAUUUCGAAGAUGUGGAUUUGUAGAUAGCAACGCUAUUGUACAGCAAUAAAACAUGAGCACCAAGGAAGGCUGAAGAACAGCAGAAUGAUGUUUUAGAUUCUCAUUUUCUUUGUCAGCUGCUCCAUACUAAAUGACAAGAUGAGAUCAGAAAUGAAGAUAUUCGAAGCCAAACCCAGCAACCACCUCAAUUAGCACUGGUUCCAUUUCAGAAGCUUUCUUGGUACAGGCAUAUUUUUAGGAUGGCAGACCAAUAAAUUACGGAGAGAAUACUGCUACAUGGACGGUGAUCAUGUGGUAGCCAAAACUUUGGUGGUGCGGUAAGAUCGUCACUGGUAGACAUAAAUUGAAUAUCCUCCAAACUACCUUAAGGACCCACUUAGAAAAUGAUCCAGGUGGUGCUCAAUCUGAAAGGAAGAUACAUCCUUUUGGGAUUUUCCACAAUGAUGAUUUUACAGAGACCCAGAGAGAUUUAUAGCCAAAUUUUCCAAAGUAGCCUCUCAUUUUGGAUGCCUCAGUUUUUGGGUGCCUAGCUUUAGACACCCAGGGCCUGAUUUUUCAAAGAUGACUUCAGCUGGAAUUGUGGAUGUUUAGCAUCUCUGAAAACCAGGCACAAGGUUUCUGUAGCUGGACAUCUAAAAACAGAGACACCCCAAAUUAGAGGCCAUUUUUGAACAAUGCAGCCCUAGUACUUGCUGAGAGCCAUACAGUGAGUCAGUGGCAGAAUCCUGACUAGAACUCAGUUGGUCCUGGCACCCAGGUGCAUGCUGUGUGUACUAGACCCAUGCUGUCUCACUUCCAUGACCCAUUCUAGCAUUAGAAGCAGAAAUGCCACACUACCAUUAGAAAGGGCAAGUUCUCUUAAAAAUUUCACCUUGGCUGCAAGUAAGAAGUACCAGAAAUCUUGACAAUUUGAAACAUGUGAAAUUUCCAAGUUAAUUUUUCAAACCCAAGAUAAUUCAAUAAAGUUGACUUUGCCUCAACAUUUAAUUAUUCAUAUUAUUUAAUUAGCACUUAUUUGUAUUGCAGUAGGACUCACAGCCCACAUUCAGAAUUAGGGGCCCACUGUGCCAGGUGCUGUAAAAAUACAUAGAGCACAUCUUCCACUGGUACAAAAUGAAGUCCAUGGAGACAUGACAAUUGAUAUCAGCUGAAGAUCUGACCAGUGGAUCCAGCCCUGAUGAACCAGUCCAUAUAGAACUAGUCCUUAUAAAAUUGAUUACAAGACCACUAUGAAGAGUCUUAUUCAAUGAGCAGAUAUAAAAUAAGUAAAGAUUCUUUCUGUUUCCACAGGAGAUCUUGAGGAAACAAAUGAAGGUAUAAAGCUGUAAUAUAUCGGUUGUUUUGAAAAAGUUAUUUUUAAAAUUAAAGGGCCAAAUCCAGCCCUGCUGUAAGUGAAAGGGAACCCAUUUAACACAACUGAUUUACACUUGUUUAUAUGAGAGCUAAUUUUGGCCCAAAGAAUCUAAUGUAUUCAUCAUGUAAUGGAAAUAAAAUGUUAGAAUUUUCAAAUCUUUAUGCCA